AUGGCUGAGUAUCGGUUCGGACACAGAGGCUAUAACCCCUCAUAUGAGGUAGACCCAUGGAACGAUGAUGAGUGGGGCUACAAGUCCGAUCACCUGAGUCGUCCGAUGGGUUUGGAUCCUGAUGGAAGGAGGUAUGCCAGCGCCACAUCCUGGAAUCCUGUUCCAAAUAGCUAUGUUGUACAGACGGAGACGUAUAUUGUUCGUCCAACAGCCUCUAGUGGAUAUGGCUAUCCUCGGGAGGCCGGUUACAGGAUGAACUAUGCCUUCGACGAUAAUAGCCAGCGGCACAGGAAUCCUCCAGUGCCUAGCCGGCCUGUCAAUGAUCGUCCACCAGAAGUCGAGGAAUUCCUUACCAAGGUCCAAACUGAAGCAAGCCGGCCUUCAGGGUUCAGCAACCCUCCUCCGGCUCCAGGGAAUUGGGGACGAAACUCUUACCCAGCAGAAUUCGAGGGACCGUACACUAGAUACCACGAUGAAGCGAGCUGGCCCGUCCGGUCAGGCAUCCCUCCUCCAGUCACAGGAAACUGGGCGCAGAAUCGUACCCCCACAACCUAUGGCAGGUAUCCCGUCCCAUCGGGGUAUCCCUCUCAUUGGCCGGGCAGGAUCGAGAGGAGGACUACAGAACCACCGCCAUCAUUUGGCUCUGGAGGUAGGGCUAACCGCGAAACACGUCAAAGCUCGCCCAUCAGCAGGCCCAUAAAUGACAUUGACAAAGCGGUAGAAUACCUAAAGGAAAAGCUCAAGCCUUUCUCCAGCCAAACAGCCCCGCCCAGUUCCCAGCAGCCCAUGGCCCCGAACCUGGAGCCAGCAGUGCAUAAAAGAGAUGGUGCUGGACCGGGAAUUCCCAGCAUGGAAGAUGUGAAGACACAGAAUAAACCAUCUCCAGAGCUGAGCGCGACAGAUGCGGCUCAUACAGGCACAAUUACCAGCAGGCCGAACACGACGGAUGCGGCUUAUACCGGUAGCAACACUGGCAGGCCGAACACGAUGGAUGCAGCUCAUACAGGUGCUAUCGCUCAUACGGGUACUAUGACUAGCAGGCCAAACGUGCCGGAUGCGGCUUAUACAGGUAGUAUCACUGGCAGGCCAAACACGAUGGAUGCAGCUCAUACGGGUACUACGACUAGCAGGCCGAACACAAUGGAUGCGACAUAUACAGGCAGUACCACUGGUAGGCCAAACACGACGGAUGCAGCUCAUACGGGUACUACGACUAGCAGGAUGAGCACAAUGGAUGAGGCAUAUACAGGUAGUACCACUGGCAGGCCGAAAACGACCGAUGCAGCUUAUAUGGGUACUAUGACUAGCAGGCCGAAUGGGACGGAUGCGGCUUAUACAGGUAGUACUGGCAAGCCAAACACUACAGAUGCAGCUUAUACGGCCGCUAUGACUAGCAGGCCGAACGCGAUGGAUACGGCUCAUACGGGUACAAUUACCAGCAGGGAACUUGCAAAGAGGUUUAAUGGACUUCUGAUGUGA